AUGAACGACAUUGAAAAAAACCAAGACGCCGCAUCGGUGGCUUCCUACUCCAAGCAGGAUGCUCCGGCUUAUGACGAUGAGCCCUCAGCCAUCGGCUCUGUGCACGAGCACAAGGCUGGCAAGUGGCAGAACUUCAAGGAUUCGUUCAAGCCCGCUGAUCUGUCGCAAUACGACACCACAGGCAUGACCGAGGUCGAGAAGGCCGCCCUUGCUACUGCCAACUCUCCCCUGUCUCGAGGUCUCAAGCCCCGACAUCUUCAGAUGAUUGCUAUCGGUGGUUCUAUCGGUACCGGUCUUUUUGUCGGUUCUGGAACUUCCCUGGCCACCGGUGGCCCUGCCGCUCUUCUGAUUGCUUACGGUAUCAUUGGAGUCAUGCUGUUUUGCACUGUCCACGCUCUCGGUGAGCUUGCUUGUACCUUCCCUGUUGCUGGUUCUUUCGCUACUUACUCUACUCGAUUUAUCCACCCCGCUUGGGGCUUUGCCAUGGGCUGGAAUUAUACCAUGUCCUGGUUUGUUGUGCUUCCUCUCGAACUUGUCGCCGCAUCCAUCACAGUCAACUUCUGGCAGGACAUGAACCACACAGAUAUUAACAACGCCGCUUGGAUCGCCAUCUUCUGGGCCUUGAUUGUCUGCAUCAACUUAUUUGGAGUUAAGGGAUACGGAGAAGCCGAAUUUGUCUUUUCUCUUACCAAGGUUGUUGCCAUUCUCGGUUUCUGCAUUCUCGGAAUCGUGCUGGUCGCAGGAGGAGGACCCCAUCAGGGCUACAUUGGAGGUAAGUGGUGGCACCGACUUCCCGAGGGAACCGUCGGACCCCGAGGAGGAGCCUUUGCCCACGCGUUUAAGGGUGUCUGUGCUACCUUCGUGUCUGCUGCCUUCGCCUUCACUGGAACUGAGCUGGUAGGUCUGGCUGCCGCCGAGACCGAGAACCCCCGAAAGAUGCUUCCCUCCGCCACCAAGCAGGUCUUCUGGCGAAUUCUCAUCUUCUACAUCGUCUCUCUUACACUGGUCGGUCUCCUUGUUCCUUUCGAUGAACCCCAUCUUCUCAAGGGUUCUUCUUCCGUCGAUGCCACUGCCUCCCCCUUCGUCAUUGCCAUCCGAAACGCUGGAAUUUCUGGUCUUCCUUCCGUUAUGAAUGUUGUUAUCAUGAUUGCUGUUCUUUCUGUCGGUAACUCCGCUGUCUACGGUUUCUCUCGAACCAUUGCUGGUCUGGCUGCUAUGGGCCAUGCCCCCAAGUGGUUCGCCUACAUUGACCGACAGGGACGGCCCAUUGUCGGUAUUCUCGUUGUUUCAUUUUGGGGUCUGUUUGCCUUCAUUUGUGCCGCUCCUGUCGCUACCCAGAACGCCGUUUUUGGCUGGCUCAUGGCUUUGUCUGGUCUCGCCUCUAUCUUCACUUGGGGUUCUAUCAAUCUCUGUCAUAUCCGAUUCCGACUGGCUCUUAAGAAACAAGGACGAACCACCCGAGAGCUUGUCUUCACUGCUGCACUUGGUAUCUGGGGUUCCGUUCUUGGUCUUACUCUCAACUGUCUGGUUCUGAUCGCCCAGUUCUGGAUCGCUUUGUUCCCUAUUGGAGCCCCCAAGCCUACUGCUGAGGCUUUCUUCAACGCUUACCUCGCUGCCCCUGUCGUCCUCUUCUUUGCUCUCGUUUGGCUCGUCUGGAAGCGAGACCCUUGGCUCUCCAUUGACCAGCUCGAUAUCGAUACUGGACGACGUGACACCGAUCUGGUCAAGCUGGAGGCCGAGCUUGAGCAGGAGCGAUACGAGCUUUCCCAGCGCAAGUGGUUCUACCGAGUCUACAAGGCCUGGUGUUAG